AUGGAAAAUGGGAAUUUAUACACGUAUGGACCGGAUAGGAAUCUUCUUGUCGAUCUUCAAGCGCAUGAAGUUUAUCAAAUUCAGUCCAGUUCUGAUCUUACAGCUGUGGUAGUUAAAUCCAACAACACAGUGGCAUGUUUUGCAGGGGCAAAUCAGACAAUGCUAGCAAAUGAUGGAAAAGAGGACCAUAUCGUGAGUGCUCUACCCCCAACUCAGGCUUGGGGAUAUGAAUACAUACUGGCCGGUACAGAAUCACCAAAUUUCCAGGAUAUUGUCAAAAUCGUCGCCACAGAGGAUAAUACUAUUGUUGAUGUCGAUAGUUGUACACAUAAGACAUUUAACUUGGCUAAAGCUUUCGAUUACGUUGAAGACCCAUUAACAUGUGGUGGGUAUGCCAUACAUUCGAAUUUCAAAAUUGUAGUGGCACAUAUCAGAAUUAAGGACAAUCCUGGAAUGUUUUUCCCUUUCCCAACGAGCAUUUUUGCAAGUCAUUACACAGUAUAUGUACCUAACACUAAUGUCGGUGCUCAUGUUAGUUCAGUAAUAUUGUACGCUAAAACAAAUGAUAUCGGUUUGAUCAUCUUCAACGGAACUCUCCUGUCUACUUCCGGUUGGAGCCCGAUACUGAAUUCAGAAUGGAGUUAUAAGUCUGUUGCUGUUGAUGCUGGACUGCUGAACAUCCACAAUAAUUUCAAAAAAUCAUUCGGAGGUCAUCUACUUGUGGUGAAUGCCUUUAAACUCUCGGUGAUGAACCUUAUACCAGCACCUUACAAUACAGUAUCACCACUUCCCGAUAUGGUUCAAGGGCUUUGUCCCAUUAUCACAGUUGCUGUGACAAAUGCCGACUACUGA